UCUAGGACUAUAACAUGAGGAUGUAGUUACCUCUAGCACUGUAACCUGGAAAUGUAGCUACAUCUAGGACUAUAACAUGGUUGUGUUGCAAACUCAAGGACUGUAACCUGGGUGUAUCUACCUCUAAUACUAUAACCGGGGGUGUACCUACCUCUAGCAUAGUCUCCUCUGUGAUGGGGAAUGUGGAGAGCAGUGCCUACCAGAGACGUCUGGCGCGGGUGCCCCCAGCUGACCAGACCAAGAUAGAGACAAGCUUUGAUUCUCUGACAAGAAACACAAGCAAGAAAUGUGUAGAGCUGAAGGCCUUCCAGGACUCCAUUGGCAAUUCCCUCCCUAGCUCCAUGUCUCAGCGCAUUUUUCAUGGGAUACAGACCGUGAACAUAACUGGCAAAGCCCCCACAUCCAGUCCGGAGAUAACCAGGGAGCAGUUUGUCGUGUUCAUCAUAGACGUCCUGAGAGGGACGGCUGAGGAGAAGAGUGCUAUCAUAAUGCCAAUGAUCAGUGCUGACCACAACGAGCAAGUAACAGGACAACAAAUUCAGCAGUUCCUGGAGGAUUUAAUUGGAGCUACAGUCCAUGUGUUACAUCACAAGAACAUGCUGUCCGGAUGGAGUCUUGAAAAUACUAGGGACUGUAACUCCGGAAUUCACACGCUGGCGACACAGCUGAUGUCACAAAUAAAGGAUCCUAGUGGUAGACAUCCUGUGGAUGCUCCAGAGCUCUCGUCCUUCUCCAGGACAGUCAUUGAAGAUUGGCUAUACAAGGAUCCCAUGAUAUCCACACUCCUGAGAGUUGUUGUCACACUUGGUUUCUCAAUUUUGCCUCACAAUGUAGAACAUCAGAGAGAUGUCAGCAGCCUGGUGCCACGCUGCCGUAGGGGAAAAGUGUCGUCCUUCAUAAGCCUUAUGGACCUGCCCACCAUUAUGUAUCUAAACUCCCAUCUGCCCUCUGAGAUGCAGCACAAAUGGCGGCUGCUCUUCUCCACCCAGGUCCACGGGGAGAGCUUUUCUCAAUUGUGUGGUCAUCUGGUGGACCAAGGACCCAGUCUGUUGCUUCUUAGGGACUCGGGAGGCUUUAUAUUCGGAGCAUUUGCAUCACAGAAUUGGGAGGUGAAGCCACAGUUUCAGGGUGACAACAGAUGCUUCUUGUUUACUGUGUCGCCCCAUCUAGAGAUUUUUACACACACAGGAUACAACGACCACUACAUGUACCUCAACCAUAGUCAGCAGACCAUGCCAAAUGGAUUGGGUCUUGGCGGGCAGCAUGACUAUUUUGGACUUUGGAUUGACAGUAAUUUCGGGAAAGGCCACAGCAGGGCAAAACCACGGUGCACGACAUAUAACAGUCCUCAGCUAUCUUCCACAGAGGAAUUCUCCUUGAGCUCUAUGGAGGUGUGGGGGCUCGGGGAUUUGUCUGAAGAGUUACAGACUAAGAACAAGAAAAGCAUCCUGGAUGCAGACCCGGAAGCGCAGGCACUGCUGGAGAUGACAGGACGGACACGCCAGAGUGAAGGGCUGAGAGAUAACGAUGAUGAAACGUAGAACAAGACGACGUGGCCAGAGCUGUUCAGUACAAGUACUGGCUUGUGACCAUAGAUUAUCUCUCUUAUAUAAGAUUUGGGUAGGUCUUCAUCCUCCUGAUGCUGCCAUUGUGAUGAUUACUUCUGAACUGUACAAUUUUCACUAUUUGGUAA